AUGGCACCCUCACGUCCUCCGCUGACCAAGCCAUCCUCAUUUACACAGACUACUCUCAAUGGCUCCUUCUCUCGACGCACCUCGCAGACCACCAUAUCCAUAUCUGAUAAUACACAUCGAAUAUCCAAGAAGCCGCCGCCAGCCAAGUCAAAGUCUAAGUCGGCUGGUCCCACCGCCUCCGACCGGAUGUUAACCGAUGUGCUUCUGUCUAUCAAGCCAGUCCACCUGGCUAACAUUGUCAGCCGGCAGAAGAACCAUGAGUACCGCAAGUACCGGCUGCGUGAUGGGGUCACACGAUUGUGGUUUUAUGAGACAGGCGAUGGCGGCGGGGGCCGGGCAUCUAUUACGCAUAUCGCAGUUAUCCCAGCUUCCAUACGCCAUACGCCUGGUUCCGUGCCAGCCAAGCCCUUUGGCAUCGGCAACGCGGAAUUCAACGCCGGGUUGAAGGAGUCUAAGUACGGAUACCCUGUUCUGGAACUUUACGAGCUGGUCCACCCGGUGACGCUAGCUGAGAUGAAGACCCGGUGGGGGAUGGGUGGUGCGCCAAUGGGCUGGCGUUACGUUGGGCGCGAUUUAUGGGAGGAUAGAUGGGGAGAAAAUCAAGGCAGAGAGGAGAAAGUGACGCAGGUGUUUUGA